AUGGAGGCUGCGAAAGAAAGAGUCGGCUUGCUCGAGAAGAUCCUCCCACCGGCCUUGGCAGACGCCGGACUCGAAGAUUGUGCUCUGCCACCGGAAUCUAUACAGGAAGCUUUUCGUAAAGCCGCCGACGCCGUGAAAUCUCGCGCGGCCUCGCUUUUCGAAUACGAGGAAGAAGGCGGUUGUGUAGCGGAUCCACGGCCAGCAUCGAAGGGAAUCGAGACGAUUCCGAGACCGGGAGCUUCUGACACGAUCAUCGUUGGUGGAGAAAAUGAAGGGGAUACUGGGCCGUGUCUAGUCGUAAAGGGCAAUGGGAAGUUGGCUGGAUCGGAACAGAGCGGAGAUGCGGUGGUGGUAGAAGGAGAAGGAGGAGAAGGGAAGAGCUGCGGUGAUGCGUUGGUGGUGGCAGGCGAAGGAGGAGAUGGGAAGAGCUGCGGUGAUGGUUUGAAGAUUCCAGAUGUUGAAGGUAUUGAGAGGAGCAGGGAGAAGAAGAAUGAGAGUGAAGAAGACGAAGAAGAGGAGAAAAAACCGAUCUUGGUUGAAGGAUUUAUCUGA